CUACUUUUUUUAUGACUCCCUGUAUUUUCCUUGUAAAGUUCAAACCUUUUUUUAGUUUUGGCAAUAGGCAUCUUAAGCCACGGGCAACUGCAAAUUUUAAAAAACGCGUUAUUUUACACGCACUCUAUGAGUAUAUAAACCUAUGUAUAAUUGAAUAUCUUUACUCUUUACAAUGUCUACUACUGACAUGAAAGAAACAAAUUUCGUGGACAAUCUUCAGGAGAUUGAUGUGGAUUGGUUUAGCAGAACUCAACAAUGGAUUAAGAAGCAGGAUUUUGAUGUCUACGAAUUUGACGUCAACAAGAUUCUUUUCCAAUUCAAAUCGAAUAAGAUUAGCCAAGAUUGGCAAAUGGAACACGAUUUUAUCACGUCUUUUGAUCAAGAGGAUGGUGAGGAUCUAGAUGAAGCUGAAGAUCAAGAUGUCUCGGAGUCUUUUGAUCAAGAGGAUGGUGAGGAUCAAGAUGAAGAUGCAGAUCAAGAUGAAGCUGAAGAUUACAAUGAUGAAGAAAUUGUUAUUCUUCAUGAGAAACCUGGCAGCGAUCUGAUGCAGGAACCAUCAGAAUCGGAUAUCGAAUUUUUGUACGAAAUUAGAUCGAUCACGGUCAUCACAUUGUGAACCAAUGAUAUUUUUGUGUAUAUUUACCAUUUAAUAAAUAUAUAAAUUUA